UUUGAUAAAAGAAGCCAGUCUGAUUAAACUUCAUUAUUGAAGACGCUACAAUAAUACUCGAAAGUUCGAAAGAUGCAGCGCAUUCAGCAAGUCAUUUAUAUUUUAUUAUAUUUACAAUUUUUCGUCUGUAAUGUGUUUACAUUUAACAUUAAUAUAUGGAAAAAAAAGACUGAUGUAAUGUGUACAAAUGAAUGGAAAUGCGUUUCUAAUGAUGAUUGUACGGCAAAAAACAGUGAAUGCAUUAACAAUUUGUGCCAGUGUGCGUCUGGAUAUAUCUUUAACACCGAUAUGACAGCCUGCGUUAAAGUUGCAACUAACAUCUAUGAAACGUGUGAGGACACAGUGCAGUGUUCAGCUUAUCUUCUUAACGGAGCUAAAUGCGUGAAAAACGUCUGCGUAUGUGGUCCCGGUUAUUAUUAUCUACACGGUAGAUGUAACCAAUAUGUCGGUUUAUUCGAAAAAUGCAAAAGAGAUGUUGACUGUUAUGUGAACGCCGAUUUUGAAGCAAGCACUUGCAACGAAGGAAUUUGCAACUGUAGGUCUGGCUUUUAUCAGCGCGAAUAUCGUACUUGUCGGAGAGAAGGAAAAGCCGAAGGCGACGAGUGCACAGUUGAUAUCGAUUGUACUUUUGGCAAUGCGACAUGUAAUGAGUUCGUAUGUGCAAUAAAAUCCGAAGUCGAUGAAAUUGUCGAAUUUUCGUCUGACAUUACAUUAACCAAAAGAAUUUGGGAUAAAGAAACUCGAGUGGGCGAUAUUUGUACAGCCGAUAAGGAUUGCAAAGCAGUGAAAAAUUCCGAAUGUGGCCCUACUGGGACAUGUCGUUGUGCUCGUGCAUAUUUUGCAUCAACCACGAAAACCGAAUGUAUCCCAGAAUUAGGGGAGCCCUGUCCAACUGACGCCAGCCACAUCGAGAAAUCUAUUUGUCGUGAGGGGAGAUGGAGUUGUACGAAAGGCACGGUCGCAUCUAAAGAUAAUCGCAAAUGUCUGGAUGUGACCAGAAAGUAUAAGGGAAAUUGCCAAGUGGACGAGCAGUGUUAUAUCUUUGGUCCUGAUGCUAUGUGUAAUAAUAAUAAAUGUACAUGCAAUGAGGAUACUUCCCAUUACGUCGAAAGCGAACUCUUUUGCUGGGGAAACACCGGGAUCGGCAAAACUUGUAAACAAGAUCGAGACUGUUACGUAAAAGAUUUCAAUGGCAAUUUAACGUGCAGCAAGGAUAAAUGCAGUUGUCCUGAUGGUACACGUUUAAGCAAGGAUAAGAAGUCUUGUAUAGGACCAAGAGGACUUGGAGAAGCUUGCGAAAAACCCAUUGAUUGUGCGACACCACAUUCCGUUUGUAAGAAAAAAGUGUGUAUCUGUGACAAGAACUAUUACGAAUCAAUACACAAGACAUGUAACGCAGGUAUCGAUGCCGUUUGCGAAAAUGACGAGGAUUGCGCACCGGGGAAUUCUAAAUGUAUUUCGAAAAAAUGCACUUGUAGACCAGGUUACGUGGCUACGUCUAAUAAUUCAUGCAUACCAGAAUCGUUGUUUGGCAAGCCUUGUUUCGAGGACAUACAAUGUUCUGCCGUUACGGCGGGUUCGAUUUGUGAAGAAUUGCCAACGUCAAAAGGCAACAAAGCGUGUACCUGUAAAAAAGAAGACCAAUACAAAUUUAAAAGAUGUUUCCCGAAGAAACUUAUCGGUGAGACUUGCACGAAUUGGGGCGAGUGUUACGAAACCUACAAUGAGAACAGAAUAGUUUGCAAAAACGGAAAAUGCGCAUGCAACUGGGGCUAUAAAGAAUUUAAUGGUAGCAUCUGUAUAGAUCAUCCGCAAAAAUCAAAAUUUUUUUUAUCAGGUAGUGCAGUUAACGUCAGGUCCACGGGAUUUUUUUUAAUCGUACUCUCUUUUAUACUUUCUAGUAAAUUAAUUUAGAUUUGUAAGAAAAUAUAUGAAAGUAGUUUGAAAUAAAAAAGGACGCAAGUAUUCUGUAAAAUAAAUUGCACUAUUUGUCAUUACCUACCAUUAAUAUUUUUUUAAUAAAAAAACUUGAUAAAAGUCAAGAUUUCUGGCAAAUUUUUUCUUGUUGGCAAAUAGUACAAUUAGAGCAACUAUUGCAUAUAUUCUAGAGCAUAUAUGUGUAUGCACAGUAAAAUUGAAACUAAAAUU